AUGCAAUCAUUGGAAAUCAAACAGACGGUCGGCCUAAUCGCUUGCUGCGAAUGCGGUGUGGCAAUCGAGCCGAAUCCGGCGAAUAUGUGCAGUGGAUGUCUCCGUUCGCGUGUCGACAUCACCGAAGGCAUUCAGAGAUCGUGCACAAUCUACAUGUGCAAGUUCUGCGAUAGGUACUUUGUGCCACCGAGUGCGUGGAUGAGAGCAGAACUCGAAUCGAAGGAACUUCUGUCGAUUUGUCUCAAAAAAUUGAAGCCAAUGCUCACAAAAGUCCGUCUCACUGACGCGUGUUUCGUCUGGACUGAGGCUCACUCGAAACGUAUCAAAGUGAAGAUUACGAUUCAGAAGGAAGUCUUCACAAACACAAUUCUUCAACAGGCCGUCGUCGUCGAGUUCACUGUUCAUAGUCAGUUGUGUGAUGACUGUCGUCGUGCGGAAGCGAAAGACUUCUGGCGUGCGUGUGUUCAAGUUCGUCAACGUGCCGAAUUCAAGAAGACACUCUUCUAUUUGGAACAACUUCUUCUCAAACACUCUGCCCAUAAAGAGUGUACUGGAGUGAAGCCAGUGCCGACUGGAAUCGAUUUCUACUUUGCAAAACAACAGGAGGCACGCAAAUUUGUCGACUUUUUGAUGACCGUACUUCCGUGCAAAUAUCAUUAUGCACAGGAACUUGUUUCUCACGAUACGAAGAACAAUACAUACGACUACAAACACACAUUCUGCGUUGAAAUCGUUCCAAUCUGUCGUGACAAUAUCGUUUGUCUUCCCAAGAAACAGGCUCAACAAUACGGAAAUAUGUCACAAAUCGUUCUGUGUCUCCGUGUGUCCAAUGUCAUCACUCUCAUCGAUCCCAACAAUUUGCAGUUGGUCGAUGUUCAGGCUACAAACUUCUGGCGUGAGCCGUUCGAUUCGUUGUGUGGACCGAAACAAUUGACAGAGUUCUAUGUGCUCGACGUGGAGUCAAUCGAUAAUUUCGAACGGAAAGCUGGUCACGGAUACAUUAGUAAGAAGCACGAGUUGGCUGAUGUGUGGUUGGUGAGAAGUGAUCAAGUUGGAAUGUCGGAUGCUCAGUCACUUUCAGCCAGAACUCAUUUGGGACAUUUGUUGUCGCCUGGUGACUUGGUUAUGGCUUUCGACAUGAAGAAUUGCAAUGUGAACAAUGCGACAUUCGAUGCGAUGAGUGUCGAUAAUGUUCCAGACGCAAUUAUCGUCAGAAAGGUAUUCGAUCGUUCCCGCCGUGUCGCCAAACGUCAAUGGAAGCUGAAAAGAUUGGUUGUCGAUGGAAAUAUUGUUGGAAAUGAGACGGCGUCAGUUGCUGAUGAAUUCCAAGGAUUUAUGGAAGAUAUUGAGGAGGACGCGUUGAUGAGAGAGAAAAUCAAUAUCUAUAAGGACGCCGAAAAGGCAGUGGCCAUCGACGGAGACGACGACGAUGCUCAUCCAGAGGCGCCUUCGUUGGCUGAAAUGUUGGAUGAUCUGAAGUUUGAUGACGACGAAAUGAAGGAGGAGACGGCUGAGGAGGAGGAGGGGGCGGAGCCUAUGCAAGAGGAAUAA